UUUAUAUGUCUAUGGUCUCAAAUUGUGGUAGUGGAUUCUUCGGCAAUACUUCUCAGUAAAAAGAAAUUUCCUUGGCAUCUGGAAUUUAGAAAAUUCAUUAUUUCUGGGCAUGCAUUUUCAAGUAAAUUCUGUGUAACUGGAUUUCAGGAUGUGUUACCAGCAGAGCUUCAAUACAUUUCAUGUCAUGCAAGUUUAUUUAAAAUUUUCAUGUUUUAUGUGGGGCCUGGAACUAGCCACAGCAAAGAUCGGAAGUUACCGGCUUGGCUUAUGAUGCUUGUCACAACAAAUUAAAUGAAUGUCUAUUAUAUAUGCUUGGGAUUUUGUACUAGCGUGAUAGGAUGUUGCUUCUUGGUCAUGUUUUAUCUAUUACAUGUUUUACAUCUGCUUCAAUUGCUCUACAUGGUGGCUCUCUGGUAUGACUAUUAUGCUUAAAGGCUUGCUUAUAAACUCACCUUUCAUCCAAUAUGUUAGCUUAGGAUUGAUAGAUAGGUGCUUGAAAAUUUGUUGCUGCAAUUGUCAGGAAGAAUUGGCAUUGAUCGAGAAAAUUAGUUUGAUUUUGAAGAGCUUCGUGUUUGAGUUCGUAUUUGAGUAUCUCACUGGUACAUGGUUUUUCCUUUCAGGUAGGCUUCCCUGCUUCUCUUAGUUGAGAUAUUUCACUGGUACAUUGCUUAUCUUUAUUUAUGAGAUAUUUUUAGAGGGUACCUAUAUAAGAAAUGUUUAUCUUAGGUUAGGGACUUAAGUUUUGUUUCUGUGUUGAUUGAAUCUUAUGUAUUUUAUUUGAAUUCUACACCAUUCUCUGUGAACUUCAGGCAAAAUCUGGUGAGUUUCAUAAUACGUUUUACAAUAUUAUGCCCAAGACGCUAAGAAGAAUAAACUCACUUAUGCAUAGUGAUUUUGGUGAUUUCUAGCUUCCAAUUGAUUUAUGUUUUUUGGUUGUUUAGGUGGAUAACAAAAAUUCGCCAGUAGCCAAGCAUGCUAGAGCCGAUGUUAACUUCCAGAUUCAUCAAGAAUGAGGAGAGAGAGUAUGGGAUGGUGCAUGUUGUGUCAUGGAUGGAAACUUUAGCCCUUCGACUACUUGCAGUUCUUGCUAACUCAACUCUGUCAAAUUCAAGGGACGUAGCUUCUGAACAAGUACCAGUUCAAUAUGGUGGACUUCAGUUCAAUAUGUUGGACUUAACAGGAAAGGUGAGCUGGAAUUCCCAACAUCCAAACAUACUGUCAAAUUCACAUUUAAGGAAGAAAACCAUCUUGCUUGGGAACUCCGGAUGGUUGGUUGGGAUGUGACUAUGUGGCUACGAAGUUGAAUUUGUGCCGAGUGCAGAUGAUGGUUACACAAUGAUUGUAUCAAAUACUAGGAAGGUCACCCUUACUGAUGAACCAGUCAUCUCUGACGGCUUCGAAACUGGUGAGCCUAGAAAGGUUGUGAUCACCAUAGAUAACCAGAUCUCCAAGUAGAAGAAGCUCCUUUACAGGUCCAAGACCAAAACUCCAUCCGAGUGAGGUUCAAUUAUCAAUGCACUCUUUGUCCUGGGUUAUCAGUUGCUUCACAACGCCAAGACCUGAAUGACUUUAUCAACAAUGUUGUUUUUUAUUCACGUUUGUAUCCCUCAAUGAUUUUUUCCCUCGAUCAUUUAUAUUUGAUCACAUGUAUAAGUGGAUGUUUACUCAUCUGGUUGUUUUGUAUCAAUAAACUCCUCUUUGUACAUAGUUUUAUUGAUCGAGGGAAAGGGCAAAUACUACUAUUAACUAAUGCAGGUAAAGAAUUAUUAUUGAUUUUCUUUUAUGCAAGGAGAUGGCAUCCUUUUCUCUUGGUA